UAUCUCAGUUGUAAUCACUUUCUGUCUUUCUUUCUUCCAUUCCAUCCUUUCAUUCUUUUAUCUCCCAUUCUCGUUUCUUAACCACCUUCACUUCAUUGUAACACUGUUUAGGGUUUUGCUUCACUCGCCAUUAGCUCUUCGCUUUCACCAAUUUUGCCAUAUCACUCAUACAUUUUUAAUUCUACAUCGAGCUCAGUGUUACUGUUAGCUAUGGAAACCGAUGAAUCCUCUCGCGUGCUUCCGUUUCAGCUACAGUUCGAUAAACCCCUCGCCUCUCAGAUCAAAAUUGCGGAGUGGAAUCCUGAGAAGGACUUGCUUGCCAUGGUUACCGACGACUCUAAGAUCUUGCUCCAUCGUUUCAAUUGGCAACGCUUGUGGACCAUAACCCCAGGAAGAUGCAUAACCUCUUUGUGUUGGCGCCCUGAUGGUAAAGCAAUUGCUAUUGGGCUCGAUGACGGGACGUUGUCACUGCAUGAUGUUGAAAAUGGAAAGCUAUUAAGAAGCUUAAAGUCACAUUGUGCUGCCAUUAUAUGUCUCAACUGGGUGGAGGACAGUCAGCUAAUUACAGAUGACUAUGGUCACACUUCAAAGUAUGAAGAUAGAACCUCCCGAUUCUUUCCUCCUGCUCCAAGAGUUCCUCGAAUGCCUGGAUUGGUAUCUGGGGAUAAUGGCUUCAUGGAUGACAGUGAAGAUUCAUUUCAGGAGCUGUCAAAUUCGUCUCACCAACGGUUCAAUAUCUUAUGCAGUGCAGAUAAAGAUGGAAACAUUUGUUUUAGUAUAUUUGGCAUAUUCUCUGUAGGGAAAAUUAACGUACACAACCUCACUUUUCGGACUAACUGUGAUGGUGCAGAAACAACUAACAGAAUUUUAAAUGCUUCUGUACAGAAGGUUGCAUUAUCAAAAGAUCUUUGUCGUUUGAUAGUCAUGUGCUCAGGAGACCUUGUUGAAGUUGGUGAUGACUUGGAAGAAAUUCACAUGGCUGGGCAAAAUGAGCACGGCCUGCAUUGCUUAGCAUUGAACACAGCUAUAUUUUGGAAUAGGAAAAAUGAACUUCAUCAGGUAGCUCAACAAGCCUCUAACAUUGAGGAUUUGACUGAGGUUGUUCGGACAUCAUUAUCAGUUAUGAGUAGGCAGUGGUCUGAUGCUAUGAAAACAUUUCAGGAGAAGUUCAGCUCUUUGUCUACUCUGAUUAUAAAUCAUGGACUUGAUUCCUCACCUCAAGAGGAGUUUCUGAGCCUUUUGGGUGGUGCAAGGACUAGCCCACCAGUUCAUCAGUUUCUUGUCAACACUCUUGGUGAAGUGGGUGUCAAGCGUAUUUCAAAGGUUGUCUGUGGUGCAGGCAAAGAACUUCAACGUAUUGUCUUGGACCACCUCCAGUGCUUGGUGUUGCACUUGCACCCUUUCACAGACUUUUUCCAGAUCAAUGAAGACUGUGUAAAGCCAGCUGUAGAAGUUAUUGGAUUCAGAAUUGGAGAACUAAGAGGGCUUUCAAGAUGGCAUGCACGCUACCUAGGCAUUGGCUUGGAUGAGUCACUUAUUAACAAUGCAACAGAAAAGGCUGGUAUGCUACUUGUACAAGUUGAACGAUUUAUGAGGGUUCUUUCAUCUGUUGUGCAGCAGUAUUCAAACUUCUUCAACUGGCUACUAAAGUGUAUAAAAUUACUCAUGUCAGAACCAAGUGACCAGCUUCUACCAUAUAACAGUGAACUUGUUAUUAUAUUCCUGAAGUUUCUUUAUGAAAAAGAUCCAGUUAAACAAUUGCUGGAAGCAUCAGAAACAGAAUAUGAAGUUGAAAUUGAUUUGGAAACAAUGCAAAGAGUUAGAGAAUUAGUUCUGUUUGGGGGAUUUUCAGACACUGAAUAUCUAAGGAGAACAUUGGCUACGGAAUUUCAGCAAAUGGAAUUAAGCUUUAAAGAGGCUUUUCAAAUGCCUUUUACCACAAUAUCAAGAAAGAUACUUUGUGAGGAUAUACUACCACUGUUUCCUCUUCUGUCUUUGUCAAAAGCAUCUUCAUCCAUGAGAAUUCCCACUUCAGUAGCAUAUUAUGAGGAUUCCUCUAGAGCUUCCUUGUCACAUUUCACUGGUCAAAAUCAGUUUAUUGAUUACAUAUCUUUUCAAGUACCUGAUGAGUGUUUCUCGGAUAUUGUAAAUUGCAUAUGCAUAGUCAGGGGAUUUAUGCAUGACUCACACUGUCUAAAAAAGGGUUAUAGUUCUUUGGAAGCUGUGCUGUUAUGUAUUCCUGAUGAUUAUCAAUGUGUGGAUCUGUCUUUGUACAAGGAUAGUCAAAUUGUCUUGUUACUAAACAAAGCUUCAAUGACGUCAGAAAGUGCUGGAGAUGGUUGUAUGAUGAUUGUGCAAGCAAGUGAUCUACCAUAUAUCUCUAUAUCAAGAUCUGCUUAUACAGAUAUCUGGAGGUUACAAGAACUGAAGGAUUCUGUCACUUACCUGCACAUCCGGGAUGAGAAAGCUCGCACCAUCCCUCAUUCUGUAAUUGCUCCCUUGGCAGUUAGUGCAUCACGAGGUGUGGCUUGUGUAUUUGCGGCAAGAAAGCGUGCUCUGGUCUACAUUUUGGAAGAAGAUGAAGAUGAGGUCUCGGAUGCAGAAUAAUUUCCUUGGUUUAUUUUUCCUUUGAUAGCAAUUUUUGCUCUUGUUUUGGGUUUCAAAUAUCUUUAUAGUCCUUGAAAACAUUGUUGUAGCAUGUCCAUAUCCCAUAUUAGCGUUCAUAUU